AUGGAUCAGCUACGAUUAUUACUCCUAUUUUUCUUCUCCAUCAUCUCGACAGGUUUUUUUUUCUGAUCUCAAGUUUUGCCAGUAUCCAAAACUAUCGAGUCGAGAUUCCUAGGGAAUUUGAAAACAUUCAUGAAAAUUUCUCAAGAAAAAUUCAAGCUCCCCCGUAAAAACGAUUCACCAUCCCAUUUAAAAACGAAAAACGGCCCAGCUGCGCAGUUCAAAGCUUGCAGGUGUCCACGAGUACAAGCAUAAAAACGGACCGAAGAAAAAAAAACUUUUAUUCCUUCGCGCAAAAUUUUCCAAGACGCCAGCUGUUCUUUUUAUCUCCCAAAUUGAUGAAUGCCUUUUUUUCAUAUUUUUCGGCUGUCACGGACGGUACAUCGUAAAACAAAAAUAAGUGUCGAUGGGGCGCAAAUGACGACGGAAAUGGCUCGUUAUUUCGUGGUGGCUGUCACCUUUUCAAUGGAGGUCUAUUAAGUUUGAAGUGAAGUCAAGUGGUCAUUUGGGGAAAUCGUAUAGGAAAUUUGAGUGAAAAGAUGUUCAUUUUUCGAGUUUUUUUUCCAUAUAAAAAAAUAGAAUAAUAAAAAUUUCCAGGAACGGCUCUAAUGUGCAUUCAGUGCGGGAACAACGAAGCUUGGUAUUCUGAGGAAGAACAUGAAAGGUUGACUUUAUCAAUAAAAUCAAGAGAAACAUCAAUCAAACUUCAGAAGGAUCGAAGCCUGUCGACAUGGCCUGAUCGCCCCUACAAGAUGCAAAAACACGACGCUCACGCAUUGUAUCGUUAGUUGGUACCGGACAGGAGGAUCUAACGGUGAGCUUAUAUUUUUCAAUUUCUUUAGAUGAAUUUCGUAAAAAAUUUUCGGCCUUGAACAAAAAUAAAUGUGCGCUCUUUGGAUAACGUGAUGUAGUCCGUUUCAGAUUUUAAAUGUCUAGAAUGACGUCAUUCGAAAACGCUCUGUGAAUGGCUCGCUCUCUGAUUGGUCUACCGCGUCAUUAGGGGGCGGAGCUUGAUCGAGGACUUGACAUUUAAAAACUGAACGGACUAUAACGUGACUUCAGAAUCAAAGCCUUUUUCGAAAAUGAACUGUCGAGUCAAUUUCAGUCGAUUAUUCAUUGAGAAUUUUAAAGAAAAGACUAAAAUGUUUUGUAGUUUCAAAGUUUCAUGUAGUCAGAAAGUCAGCUGAACUUUGAAUUAUAUUCAUUUUUUUCUUAUUGAUUUUUUUUUGACACAAGCGAAGUCCAAACGACCAAAGGUCUUAAAAAAAGAAGAGCCUACAGUUCCUUUUUGAGUUUCUGAAAAUGUGUCCUUUUUUUCAUCAUUUUUUUAUUCAUCCUCAAAAGGUCCUUUUUCAAAGAAAGUCGGGAAAAAAAUGUGCCUUCGAUUUCUUUUUAAAGGCCUUUUUUUCAAAAAGUCCUUUAGGACUUUGCCCGUGGACGCUCAUUUCGAAAAAAAUUUAUAGUUAAUUUCAUAAAAUUCAACUUCUAAACAUCAUUCAAGUCGGGCUCUUUCGCAUAUUUUUCGAAACCUUCAUGUUUUGACGCCAAUUUUUCUGGCUCAACGUCCAAAAACCUCUCGAAAGCCAAGAUCAAAAUGUUCCAAUACACCUAAGUUGUGGAGGCGAGAAGCGCUUCUGGCGGCAUUCCCACGGGAACCUAAAAGGGGUUCGUGGAGAAUUCAUAAGCGGAAAGCCGCCAUUAUUCGGCCCUUUUGCCGACGACGUCAGCGGCUUUUCUUCUUCUUCUUCGUCUUCCGAAAUGACGGGUUCCAAUGUUUCGGGGUUCGCGGCACAACACAAAACUCGAUAAGUGCUUAGCCAACUGCUUCUGACUUUUUUUCCGGCUUUGCCAGGAUUUAGAUUUGGAAGGAAAGAUAAAAGGGGCGAAAAUUUUUUUGAUGGAAGUCAUUGAAAAAGGCCUUUUUUUAAGACAUAAUAAAAGAGACAAAAUAGAGGAGUUUGAAUCCAGAAAGCAGACGAGAGAAAAUGACCCCGAAGCUCAAUUAAAUGUGGACUUCAUCAUGUGAAGUGAAACUUUCAAUAUUUUUGGCUAGCUUGAAACAUUUUGGAACUGCCUGCUUAAAAUUAUGAACACUACCUGUCACUACUGGGAAAAGUUUUAGUGGCCACUAUAAAGGCUCGCCAAGGACUACUUGGAGAGGACGUUAAAUCCACCUCUAUAGUGGCCACUAACUCCCAUUUAAGCGGUCACUAUAGAGUUUCUCUAUUUAGUGGCCACUUCAGUAGUUUUUCAUCCAGUAUUCCUUCCCGUAACUCUGACAAUUUUCAAAACAAAAAGAUUGGACCAUUGACCCCUAAAGUGGCCACUAAAAUUUAUAGUGGUCUAGUAGUAGGACUUAGACCUUUAUAGUUGCAACUAAGUUUUUGUCCCUUAGGUGGCCGCUAAUUUGACUACUAUAGUGGCCAUUAAACCAUUAAAACCCUAUAGUGGCCACUAAAACGUUGAAACCCUACAGUGGCCACUAAGAAUUUUCCCAAAAUGUGGCAAACAUGAAAACACUCUUUGCUGCAGUACUUGAGCACUGCCUAGGAUUUUUGCAUUAAAAAAUAGAUUUUCAAAAAAAACAGUUAAUCUAAAUUUUAGACUCCAAAACGAACAUUUCACUUUUUCUAGGCCUAAAUUUUUUUCUUUUUUCAAGGGUCCUCACAAAAUGUGUACCUCAACUUAAACCAAUUAAACUUGGGAGUGCGAGAAUAACGCCGAUACUCUUCAAAAAGAUUGCAAAUUGGAUCUCAAUUGUGUUGGCGGACGGUGGCUCUUAUAAUAAGCACGGCCUGACCUAUUGUUCUCAUGUUAAUUGGGUUGGCCUCGGAACUUUCCGAGAAUGAACUAUAAAGAAGAAUACAUGAAUUGCAGAAAAAAUGGUGACGGAACGGAGGUGCGGGACAAGCGAGGACGAUACUGGAUGUACACUGUACAAUUCGAAAAUUAGCCGGAAGGUGAAAAAUAUUCAAAAAAAUUCAUUUAUUUAAGCCGUUUAAUAUCUUCACUUUUUCCCUCAAACUUUCCAAAUUAUCAAAAAAAAAUUUCUAAAUUGGCAUAGAAAUUAGUCAAGGUCUGAUUGAACCAAAGCAAAAAAAUUAGAAAACAUUUUUCAGGUACGACAUCUUCUGAACAGUGACAGUUCUUCGUCCUCACAGCGCAAGGAAACCGCCACAACAUUUGUUGAAGUAAUAUAAUCUAUAGAAUCAAAAUAGCAAAACAAAAACGUUGGAAAAUCAGAAAAUUGAGUGCAUCUUCUAGAUUUGAAACUAUAACCUGGAUGGUACGACAAAAUAUCAAGUCCGCAAAUCUUGAGGACCGUAAUCUUGUGUACGCAGAUCUAAAGUGCCAUAAUCUUGGAAACCAAAAUCUUGGAAACCACAAUCUUGGAAAGCAAAAAUCACCGCUUUUGCGAAUAGAUUUUAUCAGAAACUGUAUUCGGUGAUCCAAACAAGAGAAUAUGAGUAUAUAAAGUGCAAUAAAUAAGACUAAAAAGAGAUAUUUUGGCUUUCCAAGAUUGUGGUUUCCAAGAUUAUGGGACUUUAGAUCUGCGUACACAAAGAUUACGGUCCUCAAGAUUUGCGAACUUGAGGUUUUGUCGUACCAUCAUAACCUGUGUACCACGACUUGGAAUUUCACGGAACGACAUUCCGCUGUGCCGCUGCGCGCCUUUGCGAUCCUUGUUCGCGCUUUUAAUUUUUUUUUCUUUCAUCAAGAUACUCUACUUUCAUGUGCUCCCACAGCAAUAAAAAUUAAUUGAAACCGUGACCUAGAUUCAAAAAACGCUUCGCGAACGCACGCAGCGGAACAGCGGAAUGUCGUUCGGUGAAAUUUCAAGUCGUGGCACACAGACUAUACUCAAUCCUACCAAACUUUCAAGAAACCGAAACUAAUUUAUAUUUUACAGGUAUGCAGCCAAUCGUGCCCAUUUGGCGAGUGUGUGAACACAUCAACGACCAAUUCCAUCCUUUCUUCACUAAUUUCCAUGGUCUUUUUGACAUUGUUCCUCUAA